AGCGCCGAAUACAAACUCUGACCUUGUCAUGUUUGGAUUCUCAGCUGCUUACCUAAACACAUUCUUCCCGACCAUGGGCCGCAAAUAUCCUUUGGAAACGCCUCGUAGUGCCAUGCGUGGCCAGUGUAAUGGAUCUAGUGUCUUGGUACAACGCACACAUAAAUCACCUUCCUUAGAGUGCAGUGCAGAUUGGUUUAAACAAGAAAUCAAAUGUCAAAUGGAACGAGGUGGUUUAUUUGAGGAUCCAUUUAUGCCUGCUACCGACUCAACUAUCAAAUCUGGAUCGAGUAAACAAAGUUACAGAUGGCUAAGACCUGUUGUAAGUCGUCUUUAUAUUGAUUUUAUUAUUCAUUAACUAUCUGUUUUCUAUUAACUCUUGUCCUUCAUAUAUUACGAAGUAACCUGAUCGAUGUUAGUAUUUUUAAUAAACUUAUAGUGAAUAUCGAUUAGACGGCUAAUGAGAUAGAUCGAACAAAGUGUUAUCUCCAUAAAUUCCAAUUCUGUGGUUCGUGAAUAUGUGUUCGGACGUAACAACGUUAAUUCUACUGGUGUUGUCACCUUGAAACACGAACUUCAGUCCCUUGAAAUUGUGCUACGAAUGUCAUUCCAGCGACUUUCAUAUCAUUCACACACUACUGUUGCUGGGAUGUAGUGGAAAAAGUAGAGAGGUGGUCUGUUAAUGACAUGAUACUGUGGUAUAAAAGAAAGUUGUAUAGGACUGGUUUCUGUCGGUCCAUCACGACUCUCUGGUUGGGAUUUUACUUUGUUGCUUGAGAUGUUACCAGAUAUACAUCAGGACAGGAAACAAUGAAAAUCCUGCUGUAGUCUUCUUAUUACUUACUGUACUUAAGCCUUUUACCCUUCUGGACGCACAGGCCACUGACCAGAUAUCUCCAAGAACAACUGUCUUGGUUGCUCCCGUUCCCAGUUGGCGCUUAUCAUAAAUUUCUUUUGCAUUCUUCGUAAAAAGUCGGAAAGAACUCACUUAACUAAGAAGUUUGUGGUCGUAGUUUUAACAGAACUGUCAAUUCCACCUUAUGUUACUUUCGUUCAUUUGGAACUACCGCACAAAGUUUUAUAAAUUGGACAAUUAGUGCACAAUAUUUCUAAAAUUCAUAUUAAUAGAAAGAGAUUUCAUAAAGUAUUAUGUAACUUUAUAGUGUGUAUCCGAGUUGCAUGUGCUUAAAUGUUGACUGUAACAUUUCUAUUUAGCUUGUAUAUUCCAAUAAAGUUCAUUCAAAACCACGAUAUGAUAAACUUAGAAGGUUACAGAUGAAUAAAGAUGGAUAGUGGUUUGCAGUGGAAUCCAGAAUGUGAAUUUCGUUUUAUUUGAGACUCGUCAGCUAGAUGUACCUGGAUUCCAGAGUUGAUGUUCACUCUGAGAUUCGAACCCAGUACCAUUCGCUUCAAAAGCCAUCGAGUUAUCCACUUAGCUACUGAUUCGCGAUAGCCACCUUAUUUUUCAAUGGGGUGAGGUUUAAAUUCAUUUUGUAUUGUUUAUUUGAGUCUUUCCAUUGAUGUUCAGGACUCCCAAUGAGAGAGUAAUCAUUUACAGAAAUCAAAGAAAAACUCUAAUUUUCAUUUAUCCUAGUUAUUUUUAUGGGUUCUUUUAAUAUUCUUAAGUUGUUUCUUCUUAAUAUCAAAAUUAUGGGUAGGAAAAUUUCUUUUACGUAUUAAUAAUACAUGUGUCUUUUUUUUUAAACAAAAAAAAUUAUUGUUCAUAUGUGUUACAUGUGCAUGAAUUAUGCAAUAGACGAACUUUGAUUAUUCACUAUUCAGGAACUUAGCAGGUGCCCACGUUUUGUUGCAGAUGGAGUUAGUCGCUUCGAUAUCAAACAAGGUGAACUUGGAAACUGUUGGGUUAUAGCUGCUUUGGCCUCAUUAUCAAUGUAUCCAGAAUUAUUUAAUCAAGUUGUCCCACCUGAUCAAUCAUUUGAAAAAUCAUCAAAAUAUCCAUAUGUUGGAAUGUUUUGGUUUCGAUUCUGGCAAUUCGGUGAUUGGUACGAUGUUGUUGUAGAUGAUCGUUUACCAACUCGUAAUGGACAUUUAGUAUUUAUGCAUUCCGCAGAUCCUAAUGAAUUUUGGUCAGCCUUAUUAGAGAAAGCCUAUGCUAAACUUGUGUCGUCUUAUGAUGCACUUCGUGGUGGGUGUACAGCAGAAGCAAUGGAAGAUUUCACUGGUGGUCUUACAGAACUUGUUGAUUUAGGUGCGAAAGCUCCUGCUAAUAUAUUCGGCAUUAUGGAACAUGCAUUGAAUCGUGCCUCUUUAAUGGCUUGUAGUAUUGAUGCUGAUCCACAUGAGAUUGAAGCGAAUGGUCCGUUAGGAUUAAUUCUUGGUCAUGCCUAUUCUGUGACCGAUAUACGACAGGUUCAUACUAAUUAUCAAUCUCAAAGUAUUCGUCUAAUCCGUCUACGUAAUCCAUGGGGUAACGAUCGUGAAUGGUCAGGUCCUUGGAGUGAUCAAUCUAGAGAAUGGAGAAAUAUUCCACCUGAUGAACGAAAACGAAUUGGUCUCACUUUUGAUGAAGAUGGUGAAUUUUGGAUGUCUUUCGAUGAUUUUGUACGUUAUUUCUCACGUCUUGAGUUAUGUCAUCUUGGACCAGAAUCCGUAGCUUACAGUCCAGGUCCUGUCAACCGUCGUUGUAAUAAACGUCAAUGGGAAAUGAUAUGUGAAGAAGGUGAAUGGUUACGUAAUUCAACUGCUGGAGGUUGUUCAAAUUUUCCCAAUACAUUUUACAUGAAUCCACAAUUUCAUGUUGAGGUUGUUGAUCCAGAUGAGUCAGAUACAGAUGGUAAUGGCACUCUUGUGGUUGGUUUGAUGCAGAAGGGAUUAAGAGAAAAACACGUUGAACCUCAUGUGAUUGGUUAUUCUGUAUUUCGGAUGCCUCCAUCUGCUCCAAACAAUCGACUGUUAGAUCGAAGGUUUUUUAUGACUAAUUCAUCUGUAGCUCGAUCACCGGUAUUUAUUAAUAUGCGUGAAGUUUGUGGUAGGCAUAAAUUAAAACCAGGCCAUUAUGUGAUUAUCCCGUGUACAUUUAAUCCAAAUGAAGAAGCUAAAUUUAUGCUGCGUAUAUUCUCUGAACGAGCAUGUGGUUCAAAUGAGUUAGACGACGAUACUCGGAUCACUUUUAUAGAUGGACCUGAUCACCCCAUUAGAACAGCUGAUGAUAAUUUAAUAGAGAAAUUACAAGUUGUCUUCAAUAAAAUAGCUGGUCCGACUGGCGCAAUCACAUAUACUCAAUUACAAGAUAUAUUAAAUGAAGCAUUUACAAAAGAUUUUCCAUUCGAUGGAUUUAGUCGAGAAACUGCUAGAAGUAUGAUGGCCUUAAUGGAUGCUGAUUUAAGCGGUGGUUUGGGCUUUGAUGAAUUCAAAAAGCUAUGGAUGGAACUACGCAUUUGGAAGACUAUUUUCAAAAAAUUCGAUGAAGGUCAUACGGGUAGCUUAGAAGCUUUCGAACUAAGAAAUGUAAUGAGGACCAUCGGUUUUCAUGUCAGUAAUAUGAUUUUCAAGGCUAUUGCUUGUCGAUAUGCAAAUGAAAAAGGUCAAAUUUUAUUUGAUGAUUACAUUUUGUUAUUGAUCCGAUUAUCCACUGUUUUUGAAACAUUCAAAGCACAAGAGCGCACUCGAGAUGGCCGAGCUGUCUUUGGAGCUGACGAUUUUAUUCGCUCAGUUAUAUAUAUUUAGAGGCCCAAAUUAAACCGCCAUCAUAAUAAUAUUUGUGAAUACAGGCAUGUAUGAUACAUAUACACACAACAGAAGAAACCGGCUACUUAUAUGUGUAUACAACUCUUACAGAGAUGGCCGAUCGUGAUAAUUUUAUUAUUUUACUAUUUGCUUUUUUUGUUUUGAUUUUGCAUGCUCAAAAGAAAACUUACAAUAUAUUUAUUAUCUUA